AUGGGUGACUCCUACGCCGCCGCCUUCCCCAGCGCCCCGGGGCUGCUGUCGCCGUCCGCCAGCCCCCAGGCGUCCCCCGGCCCCUACGGCCCCGACUACGGCCCCUUCGGGCACCCCUUCCCCGCGCCCUCGGGCGCCCAGGAGGUGCUGGGGGCGCCGGUGGUGGUGGCGGCCAAGGGCCACCCCCCGAGCGAGUGCCUGCCCGGCGUGUACCCCUCGCUGGAGAUGCCGCACCCCUACGGCUCCUGGUACAAGGGCGGCAUCGGCGGGGGGCUGCCGGGGGGCUCCGGGCCCGCCGCGCCGUCCUGGUGGGAUGUGCACCCCAACGGGGGCUGGCUGGGGGGGCCGGCGGGCGCCGAGGGGCUGCAGGGCUCGCUGCAGGGCCAGCCCGCCCUCAGCCCCCCUCUGCCCACCUACGGCUCCGAUUUCGGCGCUCUGAACCCCCCUCCUUACAGCAACGCCCCCGCGGCGCCCCCCGCCCCCAAACCCGCGCCCGGCGAGACCCCGAAGGGUCCCCGCGGCGGCUCCUUGGGGGGACGCCCGGCGUGCGAUUGUCCCAACUGCCAGGAGCUGGAGCGGCUCGGGGGCCCGGCGGGGUCGCGGCGGAAGCCGGUGCACAGCUGCCACAUCCCGGGCUGCGGCAAGGUGUACGGCAAAGCCUCGCACCUGAAGGCGCACCUGCGCUGGCACACGGGCGAGCGGCCCUUCGUGUGCAACUGGCUCUUCUGCGGGAAGCGCUUCACCCGCUCCGACGAGCUGGAGCGCCACGUCCGGACCCACACGCGCGAGAAGAAGUUCACCUGCCUGCUGUGCAGCAAGCGCUUCACCCGCAGCGACCACCUCAGCAAGCACCAGAAGACCCACGCCGACCCCGGCCCGCCCAAGCCGCCCCCCGGCGCCGAGCAGCCCCCCGCGUCCCCCCGGCCCGCCUCGCCCGCCAAGGACGGCGGCAGCCCCGAGGCCGGCAGUUUGUUGGAGAUUUGAGCCUUUCCGCUUUCAUCUUCGUCUUCCUCCUCCUCGCCGCUGGGGAUAUUUAUUACGGGGUGCUGCUCCCCCCGAGCCCCCUCCCCCUCAGUUCCCCAGCUCCUAGUUAG